AUGACGAAUUAUCAGUCCAUACAAGAUUUACAUUCAUUAUCGGGUGUAGCGAACACCCACAAACAUAGAAUCCAAGAUUCCGAUGAGGAUUUUACUUCGCUUGACUGGGUUCAGGACUAUCUCAAAGAUAUACAAUACAAACAGAAUGUUCAGGCUCAAAAAGGUAUACUUGGUAGAUUAAAACGAUGUCUACAUUAUUCACAAGAUUGGUUUCUGAUAACUAUUAUUGCCUUUGUUUGCGCUACAAUGGCGUAUGCAAUAGAUAGAUGCGAGGAACUGUUGGUUGACUUAAAGAGGGGUUACUGCGCAAAUAAUGUUAUCUACAAUGAGAAAAGAUGCUGUGCGAGUUUUACAUGUGAUAGCUGGCGGCUGUGGCCAGAGGUUUUUGCAGGCGGUAACAGUUGGAUAUUGAGGGCUGACUUUCUAGUGUAUAUUAUGCUAAGUUUACUAUUAGCCCGGCUAGCUGUUGCCAUCACGCUAACUACUAAGCGCAUGUACCCAGUAGUCUCUGCGUCAGGCGUGACGGUUAUGAAGCCAAUGUAUACUGCAUAUAGUAGUGGGUUGCCGGAAAUCAAAACAAUCUUGUCCGGGUUUACCAUCAAGAAAUUUCUUGGCGUUCACACAUUGUUGUGCAAAUCGGUGGCGUUGGUAUUUGCAAUUGCUUCAGGACUUUCACUGGGUAAAGAAGGGCCUUAUGUGCACUUGGCCACGUGCAUUGGAAAUAUCUGCGCUAGGUUAUUCAAAAAGGCUAGGAACAAUGGAGCAGAGAGACGUGUGAUGCUUAGCGCUGCCGCAGCAGCAGGGGUCACAUUGGCAUUCGGAUCGCCGCUGGGUGGCGUAUUAUUCUCUGCAGAAGAAGUCAGCUACUUCUUGCCCGGUAAUCAGCUCUUUAAGACCUUUUUCUGUGCUAUAAUGAGUAAUUUAUUUCUGAGGAUGAUGGAUCCCUACGGUACUGGAAAAGCGGUUCUUUUUGAGGUUUCAUACAAAUCGGAUUGGAUAUAUCUGGAGAUAAUCCUCUAUGCUAUAAUUGGCAUUGCAGGAGGCCUUUUUGGCUCACUAUUCUCCAAAUUUGUAAGCUUCUGGGCAGAUUGGUUCAGAAAUAAAAAAGGAAUGAGCGAAUACCCUAUUAAAGAAGUAUUAGUGGUUUCAGGUAUCACCGCUUUGCUAACUUUCGCCAAUCCUUAUACUAACAUAGCGGUACCAGAGUUACUGGCUGACAUCGCAUCGCCGUGUUAUCUUCCCGCUGAUUAUACAGGCAGUGACGGAUUAUGUCCUAGUGACAAAACCGUUUUUCCUCCUGUUAUUUGGCCGUUACUAUACGCUCUGGUAGUGAAGAUUUUCCUAACAAGUAUAACUUUCGGUAUUAAAGUUCCAGCUGGAAUAUAUGUACCAACUUUAGUGAUCGGUGCAUUGUUUGGCAGAGUCUUUGCCAUGUACUUCCAAUAUUUUGUGUACACACAUCCGCAGUCUUUCAUUGUCCGUGUAAUCAUGUCCUCUAGCGGGAACUUAAACAUUGACUUUGGAAUAUAUGCUAUGAUAUCAGCGGGGGCAUUUAUGGCCGGUGUCACUCGUAUGAACAUAACUCUUACAACAAUUAUGUUUGAAUUGACCUCUUCAUAUAACUAUGUGGUUCCAUUUUCAAUUUCUAUAGCCAUUUCACUUUUUGUUGCUAACGCUAUAGAACCUAGAUCGGUUUAUGAGCGAUUAAUACAAAAGAAUGGGUUCCCUUUUUUGAAUAAUCGUAAACCGUUAAAUUUUUCAGGAAGUGACAUAGACCUUUACGACCUAUUUUCAAUAAUUGAUUCCACUUCCGCUAAUGCCACAAGCAUUGAUGUGACAACUAAUAAUUAUGUCUACAUUGACACCUUGAAAAGUAUUACAAAACGCAUGAAGCAGCAAGGUCUCCUAGACGGAUCCAUUCCAGUUUUAAAAAGGAAUAGACUCCUGUUCGUUCUUUCUGUUCCGAAACUAGAAAGCAUUUUUCGGGAUAUUGAAGAUUUUAUGUUCCAGAAUCACGUUAGAGGUAAACUGCAAAUCAAGUUAACGAAUAUCGAUGAGAAUACGUUCCAAAUAAUUAAUGAAGAUAGUGAUAGUAGUAGAGAAAAACGAUUUGGCAAUCCUCACUGUUCAGAUGGGUCAACCAGUGAGGAUAGCGCGGGGGGAUUAGAUUAUAAAGGAUACCAAUUAUUAAACGGAUUGUGCGACUUGAGGGAGAUUAUGGAUUUCUCAACGAUUGCUGUAGAUAUAAAGUCGCCGUUGUCAUUAGUAGAAUACAUUUUCACUAAAUUAGGAAACAGGACUAUAUCAAUUAUAGACACCGGUGAAUUUGUCGGGAUUCUGCAUAAGAAGCAAUUUAUACAGAAAUGUCGUAAUAUCGAAGCAUUUUAA